AUGUCCAGUAUUUAGGAAAUUAAAGAAGAAAAAGAGGGCGAAUUUUACGUUAUGGAGGCCGUUGAAUUAACCAGUGAAAGUGAGCCCGAAGAUUUAGAUGGAUUAUCAGAAAUCGAUGAUAUGAAAGUUGAUGAUGAAGAUAUAAAUGAUCUUGAUAAAUUAGUAGCAACUACAAGGAAGGAGGUAAUUGUUCCUCCUAAGGAAGAUAAAAAGCCAGUAUCAAAAACAGUAAAACGUUUAGAAGUUGUGGAUGACUUUAUUAGAAAUUUCUUGAUUAAGCACAAAAUGACUCGUUCUUUGGAAGUUUUUCAAUAAGAGUGGUACGAGCUAAGCCAAAAGGGUAGACUUACAAGUGACACUAUUGGUUAAGUUCCAGAUGUUUACAUAAGAAAUGAAAAACUUGAAGAUGAAAUGGAUUAUUUAAGAAACGAACUAGAUAAAGCUAAAAUAAUUGCUGAAAAAGCAAAGGCUACUUAUGAUAAAUUGAGAAAAGAAAGAGACUUCCAUAAGAUGCAUCACCACAGAGUUUAAUAAGAGAAAAAGAAGUUAAAUAAUGAUAUUGAAAAACUAAAAGCACUUCACUAGUAAUAUGAAACAAAAUACGAGGAACUCUCACAAAAAUAUGCUCAUGCUAUGAAAGAAAAAAUGCUUUUAAAAUUAGAAAGAGAUAGAUUAGUUGCUAAAAAUGAGGCAUUAUAAAAAAGUUUAUAAAAUAUUGAAGAUAAAAUGGGCAAGGAAGGAACAGGAUUAGGACCUGAAGGAUUACCAAAGUUAAAUGAUAGCUAUAAAUAAUAAAAAGAUUAGGAAGAAAAGAGUCCUAAGGCUGGAACAUAAAAGAAAAAUAAAUUAAAUUAUACUCCAAUCCCAAGCGAUAAUAGACCUAAUCCUUAUGCAGGAUUAAAUUUUGAUACAUAGCCAUACAGAAAUGCUGUGCUUUAGAAAACAUUUAAAGGCCAUAUGAUGGCCAUAUCAUCUAUUGCUAUGCACCCUAAACGUUCUAUUUGUGCUACUGCUUCUGAUGAUUUCACUUGGAAAAUUUGGACUUUACCUUAAGGUGAGCUUAUUCUCAGUGGUGAAGGACAUAAAGAUUGGGUUUCAGGAAUUAGUUUCCACCCCAAAGGUUCUCAUUUGGUAACUAGUAGUGGUGAUUGCACAAUCAAAGUAUGGGAUUUUAUUAACUCAACUUGCACUCAUACUUUUAAAGACCACAUAUAGCCAGUUUGGGAUGUUGCAUAUCAUGACACAGGCGAUUUCAUAGUUUCUGGUUCAAUGGAUCAUACAGCUAAACUUUUUGAUUUAGGUUGUGGUAAAAGAGUUCACACUUUUAAAGGACAUAAAGAUUCUGUUAAUUGUGUUAAAUUUUAACCUUAUUCCAAUAUACUUGCCACUGCUAGUGCAGAUUAAACUCUUUCUUUAUGGGAUAUGAGAAGCGGUCUUUGUGCUUAAACUUUUUAUGGUCAUAGAAUCACUGUAAAUUAUCUUGACUUCUCAUUAAAGGGCGAUACCCUUGCUUCAUGCGAUGCUGAUGGUGUUGUUAAAGUAUGGGAUGUAAGAAUGGUUAAAGAAAGAAAUUAAUAUAUGGGUUCCGUAAAAAGUGUAAACUCUGUAGCUAUAGAUAAAAGUGGUGUAAUGAUCGCUUGUGCUGAUGAUGAAGGCAAUAUAAAACUUUUUAACGAUUCUACUGGUAAAUUGGAGCAUACUCUCAAAGGUCACGAAGAUAAAGUAGAAGACGUUGCCUUUGAUUUUAAUUCUAAAAUGAUUGUCUCUUGUGGAGCAGAUUCUACUUUCAGAGUAUGGCAAUGA